AUGGGUGCGAAAAAGAAGACGUCUCGGGUGAAGACCCUAUCUGCCGGCCGGCCACCGACGGCCCACCAGCCCAAGUCCAUCUCCCGUAAGACGACCAAGAAGCUCAUCAACAGCCACCAUCAGCUUGAGAAACGCCGUCUCCAAGCUGUGGCGCGAAAUGACAAGGCUGCAGAAAUUGCAAUUGCAGCUGAGAUUGAGUCCCUUGGCGGCCUGGCUCGCUACCAGCAGGCCAGUCUGCAGGGCCAGCACCGCGAACGUGGUGGCGACAGCUCACGGGUCCUGAUGCAAUGGCUCGGCUUCGACCAGGGCGAAAAGGCGACAGGGGCUGAGAUGAAGUCCGUGCCUUCGGCAGAACCGAGCUUCCUAUCAUCGGCUCCCCUCCGUAUGCUGGAGGUCGGUGCCUUGAGCAUUAACAAUGCAUGCUCGGCGAGUGGCUGCUUCCGGAUGGAGCGCAUCGACCUCAACAGCCAGGGCCCAGGUAUUCUGCAGCAGGACUUCUUGCAACGCCCACGACCGACAUCUGACAAGGAGCGCUUCGAUAUCAUCAGCCUGUCGCUGGUCCUCAACUAUGUACCUCAGCACAGCGAUCGCGGCAAGAUGCUGCUUCGUUGUCUUGAUUUCUUGCACGAGCCUAACAUGGUGUCAAUGGGUGGCGAUUCCAAGAGCGGGUCGGCGCCAGCAACUGACGAAAACAUCCGAAAAUACUUUCCCAGUGUCUUCAUGGUGCUUCCGGAGCCUUGCGUUACCAACUCGCGGUAUCUCACCGAGGAAAAGCUGACGGACAUGAUGACAGUUCUGGGCUUCGAUCUGCUCAAGUCCAAGACGUCGCAGAGGCUCGUGUACUAUCUCUGGACGCGCCAACGGACAGCACCGACAAUCAUCCCCCGCUUCACUAAGAAGGAGCUACGCUCCGGGUCAACGAGAAACAACUUUUCCAUCGUUCUGGAAGGCACAUGA